AUGCUAGGGGUACAGACGCUUGAAAAUAUAGGGCCGUUAACCGACCUACGAUGGAACUUGGGCAGGGAGAGGUUACCAGAGAACCGCAACAUCGCCAUACAUGUCACUCCACCAGAUGGAGACGAAGAUGACGACGAGUUCGUGCCCCCGCUGCGAGUGCGGAGGAAACUCAGCACCCCGCUGAGCGCACUACCAAGUGCCGCCGACAGCCUGCUCGGCUUAACAAAUGCAAGACAUGCCUCCCCCUCCCGCUCGCUUUCUCCGCUAGAUCGGACUAAGCGGCGCUUCAGCACAAUGGUGUCUAGCGCUGCAGCUGCUGCAGUAUCCAGGCGCCUCUCAGCUACAAUAGGAUGGUGCCUUGCGACGCCUACACAUGUCAAAACACAGAUCGUCAGACAAGGUCGUGCCCUGUGUUUGCAAUACAUCAAAACACAAAUACGUCGCUCAUCUAUUUGUGCAAGAAAGGCAAUUGUUAUGAAGAGACUACAACAGAUGGUGGAAACUGAAUGCGGGGAAGAGGCAACCAGUAACGUUGACACUGGAGUGUUGGCAGCAUUGCGCGCGCUUUGUGCAGCACUCGAAAGGAAGCGACCGGAAGCCUUCCGACAUGUUGCGCGCCAGGCGACGCGAGCGCCAUCUGCAAUGCUGCGUUCGGAAACGGCGUUAUCGGAACUUUCUUUAGCACUAGCCCGACGAAUAACUAGAGAAAAUAUUACUUGGUCUAAGAUAGCAGCAGUUUUUUGUAUAUGCGGUGCGCUUGCCAAAGAGGCGGCUGAGGCGGCAGAUGGAGAGCCUUCCCUCGAACUGGUUGCGGCACCUGCCGCCGCCGUAGCUGAUCUUCUGCAUGAAAAUCCUGGCUCCUGGAUAGCAUCUCACGGUGGAUGGAACGGUCUCAUAGAAAGGCUUCGUGCAAGCGAGAGGGAUCAGAACUCAGAAAAAACACUUCGCGUGAUGGUGUCCUUCUUCGUUAUCGCCUGUGUCACGCUACUACUCCUGCGCUGGGUCUUGCGUGCACAUCCUGCCUAUUCCGCCAAUGUAUGACAUAUCAUACAUACAUACACAAAAUUUUAACGUGAUACGACCAUCAUUUACGUUCAAAGGUUUUCUCGUGGGGCAUUGUGAAAGUUUCUGGAUCUGGCCAUUAACAAUAAAAGAAUGAAAAAACAAUUAUUGUAAACCGAAAAUGGAACUUGUUAGGAACAUGUUAUUUUUUAAUUUGCGAGGCUUACUUUUUCGAAAGGACGGAUGAUAAAUCAAAACAGUGAUAAAGCAAAUGACGUGUUUUUUCACUGUGGCGUCCUUUCGAAAAUUGUAACAAUGAUUUUUCAGCUAAUGCUAAAAUGCAUUAAUAGGUACGGUGAUAUAUUUUGAAAAACAAUAAAUGUAUCGUAAGUCUCAUCUUUUUUCUAGCCUUUUUUUAUCAGAAUCAGAAUACUUUCAGUAUGCCCUAAGUAUUUUCUUUGUAUCGAACAGGUUUGACUUAGUUAAAAUCAAAGACUUGAAUCUUUUGAUAUGGCCCUGGCACAGAAACGAAGUUCGCUGGGUCAGCUAGUGUAUCUAUAUUUUUCAAACAGUAUUUUUCAAAAGGAUUGAAUAAGAUGAAAAAUAUAAAUGUCUACGUAAGCUCCUCUGUGCGUCGAUCGAUUUUAUCUAUUUAUCAUACAUUUCCAAUCUCGAAAAAUACAAAUGCCUAGUUAUGUGGUAAAUAAGUACAUUGCAUAUUAUAACUAGCUGACCCCGCGAACUGCGUACCGCCUUUAUAAGUCGAUAAAUGUGGCUAUCUUUAAUAUUCAGCUUAAUUAAAUUUAGGAUUUUACAAGCAAAAUAAGACAAAUCCAAAAAAGUUAAUAUUUACUAGGAUAAUCUAUAUAUAAAACAAAGUGUUAGUUAGAACACUUAUAACUCAAGAAUGGCUGGACCGAUCGUGAGUAUAAUAAUGAUAGCAGAAUAACUAUUAAAAUAUAGGAAAAAUCACGGAAAAAGGUAAUGCAGAAAAACAAUUUUCAUUAAAUAAACGGUAUAGAUGCGCUGAUUUAUUUAUAUAUGUGGUUUAUGGUAAUAAAUAAACUCAAAAUUAUAAAAAAGAAUUAAAUAAAGUACUUUAUUAAUUAAAUUAGCUCAAAAAAUCAUACAGAAUCAAUAAAGUUUUUAAAAUCUUCCAAUGAAAUACCCGAACGCUCAAUAAAAGGAUUUCGAUGGUAGCUCGACAAAGUAAAUAAAAACAUAAUUCAGACGACGCAUCCUGAAAAGAAUGCGAAAAGUCAAUAAAGAAAGAAAUUUGACAUUGUGGGUUACCUACAAUGCGAAGAGAUGGCGCUGCCUUGCAGCUGUGAUAUAAGAAUGGCUAGAAGAACUUCGACGCGGCCGUUAGGGCCGCGGUAGCAUAAUUGGUCAAUGCAUUCGCCCGGAUUGCGAAGGGUGCGGGUUCGAGUCCCAUUUUAUAUUUUCUUGAGAUUUAAACAUCAAGCAAUUACAUGCUUAAAAAUUCAACUUAUAACAAAUACAAUUUUCAUCAUAUUUAGGUUUAGUAUUCCGCCUUCUCUUACAAUUGACGGCUCACGUCACAAAAGCACAAAGCUUAUUUGUACCUACUGCGAAUCUGUUACUGCAAUAUAGAUAGAAGAUGAUCACUAUAGAGAGUGAUAUUGUAAUUUAAAGAAAAUACUCUAAUCAUGAGACAAGUUGCAAUACUUGCCGAUAUUUUGGUAAGGAGACGCUGGAUAUAACUUCAACACUGUACUGAAGUAUCAAUAUCGCAGUUUUCAUUUCAUUAUAACAUAAAUUUUAAUCCAUUUGGUUUAAGUUUCCAAAAAUGUAGAACUAUUCCUAAUUUUCCAAGAAGUCGUAGGGUGCUGAGAGAUUAAGAGUUGUCUGUGUUUAGAGAAUAGUUAUUAGGCAAAUAAAAUUAAUAUGUUUAGCAUGAAAAAAAAUGUAAAUAAAUUUUUCAUGCUAAAUAUAUUAAAUUUAUUAUAAUAUUUUAUUAAUAUAUUUAGUAUAACUUAAUAGGAUUACAAUUGCUUCUUAAAUUUUGAAAAAAAAAUGCUUUAUCAAGCUCAUUAAUUAAUUUCAUGGCAACCCUGGCAAACAUCUAUAAGUUAUUGAAAUUUCAUUUUUUCUAUAUUAUCCUUACAAACUAUUAAACUUUUUGUAUUUGUUUUAUUGCGGCUGUAAAAUCAUUAAUUUAGUUGAGUUUACAUUCAUCGACUUUUGGGCGGUACGAAGUUCGCCAGGUCAUCUAGUUAGAUAUAAAAAAAAGAUAGAGAGAGAUAAUAUAAUUAAAUAUCUUAAACGUGAAAUUUUUACCGGAGGCCGGUCUUAUAUUAUAUUAUAUUAUAUUAGCUAAAUAUAAUAAUACAUAAUAUAAUAUAAUUUUAUAAAAUUAAAAUUCUAAGCUAAAAUGAGAAUGAAAAGUAGUAAUUAGUUUUUUCAAAUUUAGUACUAUUUUUUAUAUCACAUCAUGGGCGGUCAAACGUCAAAACGCACAGCGCGGUGUUGUCUCUUUUUGUCUUGCAAUAAUUUCCAAAACCACUUUCUCUGUCAUGCGCUGUCCGAUUCGAUUUCAAUAUUUAUGACAACGAAAGAAAAUAAAUUUUAUAAUUAAUGAAAUCUACAAACUUACUAAUGAAAUGUUACACCAUUAGCUUUAUUAGUAUUUCUAGUAUUGUUAGUGCAUUUUCACUUUUCUCGCAAAAAAUGCCUGCGGUAUUUUAAUCACCAACGUCAAACUGUCACUAUGUUCAGAUGAACACUUAUUAGGCUGGACAUGAUGAGAUGGGAGUUCGCUCAUUCGAAUGUAGACAGAUUUCGGUGCGGUCAAACUAUGCUGAGAGCAUAUCUAAUGAUUUAAAUCUUUGGUUAAAAUGACAGGAUUUUGAUAUUUAUUUUCAACGUGUUCACUUCGUCAAUCAUCACAAUUUACAUCAGACACAUUUGUGUUAAUUAAUAAUUAUUUUACUGCUUAAAAUUAGAUAUUAUUUACUAGUAGUAAGUGUUACUUGAUAUAUUAUAAGAAUUAAACAAUGGCCAAAAUAUAAACGAUACAUAAAUUAUGAUUAGAAUUAAGAUAUUUAUGUUUGCUAUAAUUAAUAAUACUAGUUCUGUUCGAAGUUAGGUAGAUCGUAAUGAAAACAAAAUAUUUCAGGACAGCUAGUUCGUAUAGUUCUUAGAAAUAUCUUUAAGGAUUUAAUUGUGGUUGGCGAACUGUCGAGCACACAUUGUUAUUUACAGAAUUCGAACCUGCACCAUUUCCGCCCGGAUAACGGAAGGUGUCUGAUGCCUGAAGCCAGCAGAUUUUUUUCUAGUAAUAUUUUAUUUAAUAUUAAAGAACUUUUUUAUCUAAAGAAAAGUUUACUAGAAAAAAAUCCACGCGGACCAGGCAGCGGACGGGACUCGAACCCGCAUCCUUCGCUAUCCGGGCGAAUGCACUUAAACUUUUUUUACUUAAGUAUCCGGUGUUAGGGGAGUUAAGUGCAAGAUACUUUAUAAUAAAAUGUAUUUGUUUAAGUUUAAAUCCAAAGAAGCUGCUGUUCGCAUAAGUUAUUCAUAGCAUCAUAAAAUAUAAAUUACCGAAUAUUUAAAUAUUCUCUGUAGGUGAGUAGUACCUACCUGAUCUGACCUUAGUUGUACCUAAAUAUUUUGGAAUAGAGAAUUUAAUAAAUAUCUUUUCUUUAU